AUGAACAUUAACAGAAAAGUGUUGGAAGAUGCAGACAUAUACGCAGCCUGCAAUGGAGUAUACCGAGAACAGCUCCAGAUUAAUAGAAAGUACAUAUUAGAGAAUGAAACCAAGCACGAGAUCACACGAGUGCGGAAAGGUGUCAAGGUUGAAAUCGAUAGGGAUGCCGGGGAUUUGGAUAAAGUAUUCCAGUGCCGCGGUCGAUUCGUGUCUCCAGAUGAAAUGUUGGAGCUUAUGAAACCGGGGCACUUGAUGAUCCCCAUCGAAGAGCCCAAAAACUCCAAACGGGAGUGCAAACUACCGUCUUCUGACUUGUUGAAAGCUGUGCACUAUUAUGUCGCUAGCAGGUACACCAAACCUGGGGAUGCCGAGAACGCAGGGGUCAGGGCUGACCGAUAUGUGGAGUCAAUGGAUGAGACGGCGUUGUUGCUGAUGGGUCUUUUGCUAGACAGCUGGAUGAACGAGUUUGUCACCGAGGAUGUUUGUCGGAUGUACUUGCAAAAAGUCAAAGAGAAGAAGAAAUUCGACGCGUUUCUAAAUGUAGAUGAAGAGGAUAUAGACGUUAGCUCCGAUGAGGUUGAUGAUGAUGAUGAUGAAUGA